AUGACGUGGACGGCGCUUCGCGUUGAGCGGGUUCUGGACGGCAUUGCUGCGCUCCACAAGAGGAAGGACGCCGACCGUGUAGAGCACCUGCAACGAGAGAAUGAGCGACUGAGCAAAGAAUUGUCCGAAAUGGAGCGGGUGCACAAGGCAGCCGUACAGGAUCUUUCCGAGAAGGGGUUGAGAAUGGAACGGCUGAUGCGGCAACUUUUAUCCGAGCGCAGUCGGUUGACGGGGGAAUUGGCGAAGUUGCGUGAAACAAAAAGAUCCCUUGAGGGCAUACUCAAUUCAAGGGCCUGCUUAACGGAAACUUCAUCGAAAGCUGAUAUGGCCGUGCAAACGGACGCGCUGCGCCCACUUGCUCUCCUCAACGAACAGAGCACGCAGACGUUUUACGAAUUGGAGGACGUGGCCGUGCAAACGGACGCGCUGCGCCCACUUGCUCUCCUCAACGAACGGGCCACGCAGACGUUUCACGAAUUGGAGGACGUGGCCGUGCAAACGGACGCGCUGCGCCCACUUGCCCUCCUCAACGAACGGACCACGCAGACGUUUUCAGGAAAGAACUCAAAUUCGUCCAUGAAUCCUGUGACUGUAGCUGAAUUGACGUGUCAGUCGUCGUUUUUUUUAAAGGCGAAGAUGCCUUCAGUAACAUAUACUUACGGACUUGCGACUCCCACUUCAAUUCAUUACGUUAACGGGGCCGAACGUCUCGCGCUCGCCAUGUAUGCUGUUGGACAGUGGGUUGAGAGCGUUAAGUUUGACAUUCAUAACUCAGAUUAUGUUUUUGUGGGUUUGAACGUGGAGGGGUGGUGGCAGUGGCGGCGGCAGGCGCUGGGACAAUUGGACGCGGCCACUGAUGUCGUCAGGGCCUACAGCGAUGCUGCCGAUCCGUUGUGGUGGUGUGGGGCGUUGGCUUCUGCUCUUUUGGAUUUGGACGUGGAGCGUAAUAUGUCAGUUGGAGAUUUUCUUGUGGCCAGCUGUGGUUGCGAGGUGGGGGCAGAAACAGCCUGCAAUCCAGUUUCGCUUAAUGAGAUGGUGGCAUUCUUAACAAGGACCACAAGCUAUUGCUUGUUGGUGACGAAAAAAGACUCAGUCCUUGGUGAUCACCUUGCGCUUGUACUUGCGGUUUCUGUACUUGAGAAUGAGGCCUUAUUUUAUAUUGUGAGACCCGGUGAUGCUGCUGCAAAGGGUGAAGAAACCGCUGGAGGGGACUCUAUGCACACGCUAAUAGGUGAGUGGCGUUGUAGCCGCGAAUUGUUGACGCAGUUUGAUCUCUUUCAAACGGUGAGGUGCUUCCCACAGGGCGCGAAUCCGGAGAUUCGCUGGAUGGACGUCGUGGAGGGGCACUUGACGGCCGUGUCGGUGGGGCUGCCAGAGGAGGUUUCGCUGGUGCGCGACACCAUGCACGCCAGGCUGUUGGAUCUCGCAACCUCUCUCUGGUGGCCAAUAGAGCCAAUUCUACGCGAGGGUAAUGCUUUGAUGUUUUUUAGUCCCCUUCUAGAGCGCGCCGCCGCCGUUGUUGUUGUAGUGAACGUUGAUGCAGCCACCGUUCGCCGCCUUGACCUUCUGCAGGCUUCGGCGAAGGAGUUUGGCUUUCCAGGAAGCCCAAAGGCGGUGAUUGUUCAGGUUAAUGGACAAGAAGUAUGUACGAGUCGCCUCACACUGAACCCGACGUUGGAGCGAGAGGCAGCACUGAGGGAGGGGAACGUGUCUCGGUCCGCUCACUUUGCGGAACCUGAGCCCGCCGCCGGCACCGGGGAUGCUGAGGAAUGCGGCAGUGUUGUUGGUAGUCGCAGGGGCGACAGCGGUGGGACUUUUGGAGGAGUCUCCUCACAGCACUUGAUUACUGCAGCUGAUGCAGACGCUUUUUUUCAGAUGUUCCACAGAACGCUGGCGAUGCAUUUGGAAUUUAUGGUGAACUACAUGGACCUUGUCUUCCGACUCCUCUUAUCCGUUAUGUGGCUGCCGUCGCCCGGCCUAAUCGAGGAGGGCCGCGCCGUUGCAACGCCACCUAUGCUGAGCGCCACCAUUGCUCGGCAGCAUUUGGAGCUCGCCGCAAUGAGAACUAGAAACACCUCUGUGAGUGGGGCCUUGUGUCGUGCUGCGGCUGCGUUGGAUUCAACCAAGGCGAUGAUGAACGGCUUAGAGGAGGAGAAUGGCGCCCUCCGGGCGGAAUUGGCGCGGUACGCCUCCGUUUCUGAGGAAUUGCGCCAGGAGACUCAUGCCAAGGAGGAACAGUUGGCGGGGGCCGCGAGAUACUGCGGCGCCGUCGAAGAACAACUGCGUCUCGCCAUGACUUCCUUCCUGCAACUCCGAAGUUCUGCUGAGGAUAUGCAAAAAGACAACUUUAUAGCGACGUCUCAAGCGAACAGGAAACGAGGCCCGAUGGGGCCCCACGAGGAGUGCUCCCCCUCGUCCUCAGAAACGGGUAGCUUAUCGUAG